AAUUUUAAUAGAGGGGGACCAUGGUCAUUUAAUGCGAGUGCCUAACAUAUCAACCCAAAACCAAAUUUUCAUGGGGGAGAAGAACUUCAGCCUGAAUUGUCAUUCAUACCCCCAAUAUUUAUCCCCAUUCUAACAUAUUUCCCUGCUCAACACCAGACUCCUUCCCAUCUACUAUUAAAACUUCCGUGGGCCAUAAACCGGCUUCAACUCCACACCGACAGACAAGAACUCCAAAAUCUACUAUGGGAACUGGAAGCAACUGUGUAGAACAAGAAGGCAGUCACGUCGUUACAAUUUAUGAGGUGGACAAGGAGCGGCUUGCCCAGAUGGAAAAGAGGAUCUAUGAGACCACCCCACAAUUACUAAGCAUAGCCGCCGGUAGAAGCAGUUGUUGCAUCUUCAGAGUCCCCCAGAGCCUAAUCGACAUCAACGGCAAGUCGUACCAGCCCCGAAUAGUUUCCAUCGGACCCUACCACCGCGGCCAGCCUAAUCUCCAAAUGAUGGAGGAGCACAAGUGGCGCUACCUCCGUUCUUUACUCUCCAGGACCAAGGAAGCCAAAGGUAUAACCUUAGAGGACUACUUGAAAUGCAUACACCCACUUGAAAAGAAUGCCAGAGAGUGUUAUUCAGAAACCAUCCAUCUCGGCACCGAUGAGUUCCUCGAAAUGAUGGUUCUCGAUGGUUGUUUUAUGAUUGAAUUGUUUCGCAAGAUUGACAAUACAAAACUGUUCGACCCUGAAGAUCCUCUCGUCACUAUGGGGUGGAUAUUACCGUUUUUCUACAGAGACUUUCUCCGGCUCGAGAAUCAGAUCCCGUUCCUUGUUCUCGAACGGUUGUUUGAAACUUCCAAAACGCCUGACGAGGAGUCCGGCCCGUCCUUGUCGUUGCUCGCUAUGCGAUUCUUCAACAACAUAAUGCAAAGACCCGACCCGGUCAUAGAGAGGUGCCACGAUCUCAAAGGCUUGCAUUUGCUUGACUUGGUUCGGUCAAGUUUUAUCCCGCACAAUGAAGAAUCGCCACCACCGGGGGGAAACACACCGGCCCAUAUCAUUCACUGCGUGUCGAAGCUCCGGCGUGCCGGGAUUCAGCUCAAUCCGGGGGAGGCGGAAAGCUUCUUGUUGGUGAAAUUCAGGUGCGGCGUGAUUGAGAUGCCGAGGAUAACCAUCGACGAUUUCAUGAGCUCCUUGUUGCUCAACUGCGUGGCGUUCGAGCAGUGCCACAACAGUGACUCCAAGCACGUUACCACUUACGCGACUUUGUUGGAUUGCCUUGUGAACACCGCCAAGGACGUCGAGUUCCUUUGUGACAGCAACAUCAUUGAGAAUGACUUUGGCAACGACGCCGAGCUUGCGCGGUUGAUCAACAAUCUGGGGAAGGACGUGGCGUUUGAUAUUAAUCUCUGUUAUUUGUCCAAAUUGUUCAACGAAGUGCACGACUAUUACGGGAACAGUUGGCACGUGCAAUACACCAGCUUCAAGUAUACGUAUUUUAAUACGCCAUGGUCGUUCAUUUCUGCUGCAGCUGCGUUUGUGCUCCUAGUUCUUACGUUUUUGCAGACUUUCUACACCAUCUAUCCAAAGUCUUAAACUCUCCUAUCCGGAUGUUAAAGAGUGUAAAGUUGUUGGAGUUGAGUUCUUGUAUGUAUAUGAAACAUUGAAAUGCUAAUUUGUGGAUGCGGAUGUGAUUUGUUGA